GAUGCUGUGCAUGGAAGCUUCUCUCCCAAACGUAAGAGCUUAUAUCGCAUCGCCAAUCGGUUGCUAGCAGCUAUCGAUAAUUGCUUCGCGACUUCUUCGCUAGACGUGCUUUUCUUGAUGGCACUGCAGACGAGGCAAAAGCAGAUAUGUGAGAAAUAAACAAAAGCUGGCAGCAAAACAAAAGCAAAGCCAAAGCUUCAUCAAUGAGCACGACAAGAGCCGAACGCCAAGAGAAAAAGCUGCUCAGAGCAAAAGCAACAAUUGGCAGGCCACAGUUCUCAGCAAGCAUUUCGAGCGCGCGGUCGCCUAACGGUUUUUCGCAUUUUCCCCUCCACCUCGAUUCCCUGCUCGUGAGCUGUUGUAGGCAUGACCAGCAACGGGGGGGGCCUACCAUUUCGCUUUACCGACGAGCGUCAUAUAAGGUUUGUGGAGCUGUACAGCCGUGAGCCGUGCCUGUGGAACCGUCGACCAUAUCUGUGGGGUGCUCGGAAUGCUGCCUACAAGCGCAUACAGCUCGGCAUUAACGCCGAGGCGGAACCCAAUGAAAAUCCGAUAACAUUGCAGGGUCUUAAAAUGAAAAUCAAGAAUAUGCGCUCUGGCUAUCAUCAGGAGCUCAAGAAGAUCAGGACUAAUGCAAAGUACACGCCGAAAAUUCCUUGGUUUGCUCCGUUACACAAGUUUCUCGCACAGUUUUUGGACAAGAAAUCGGACGAGGAGGUGGUGUCGGUUCAUUCACCACCCCUAAAGCGACUGCAGAUCAAAUUGCCGCGCCUGAAGACGAUCAAGCUCCUGCCGUUGGAGUCCGAAGAGAAUCCCGAAAUCAAAAUGGAACUUGAGCCAAACCAACAGGUGUUUAUACCAACAACAGCUCUACCCCUAAAGCCCACGCUGACCCCACCCCCGCCACUGCGCCUAAUCACACCUCCAGCUCAACCGCCUUCGCCAGUCCCACCUCAAAUACUCGAAGUCACCUCACUGCCCACAGAGAACUCCUCGUUAGUGGACCGACCACGGGCGUUACAGUCAACCGGCGAUGAUGAGUUUACAUAUUUCGGACUUAGCGUUGCGGCCCAACUACGCAGCAUGCCUCUCUCGAAUGCGAUGAUCAUGCAGUCCAAGAUUCAGUAUAUGCUAUCGAUGGAGCGCCGUAAGAUUGGCGGUGACACGACGGAGGCAAACUUGUUUGAGUAAUUGGGCCAGGAAAUGGUUUCUCUUAUUAAGAGGAGCUGAAUAAAUCUUUAUAAGAUAGAGCCCAAUGGUUCCGUCUGUUGGGAAGAUAACUCAAACUAUAAAUGUACUUAAAGGUUUACAGGAAACAACAACAAAAUAUACGAAUAUCUUUA